AUUAAAGCAGGAAAAAUGACUUUUGUAAAUACUGACGUCUGGGCGGCACACUCAAAUGGAUUUUCCUCUACCCCAAAAAAGUAUUUUAAGGCCUUCUGCCUUAAGUUUUUCUGGAAGUUGCUCCUACAGGCUGGAACCAUGGAGUCGUCCUCUGAUGAAGAGGAGGUGCGCACCUUCCUCCAAGUCAUGAGUGAGAAAUACAACCCAGAGAAUUUCCCCUAUGGCCAAGGAGUAAUGGUUCUCUCCAGACCGCCAGGAUCCCCCGUCAAAGAUCGCCUGUUCUUGCCCAGCAUACUGGUUCUGAAUUACUGUGGAAUCAGUAAAGCUGGUGACAGGUCAGACAUUGCAGCUUUCUGUGCCCAUGUGGUAGGGCUGGACCUGUCCCACAAUCAACUUAACGACUGGGUAGAGAUCAGCACCAUCGUUUCCAGCAUCCCCCACCUGGACUUCCUCAAUCUGAGCAUGAACCCUCUGAGCGGCGUAGAGCUGGAGCCCAGCAUGGCUGAGGUUUUCUCCAGGGUCCGGCAACUUGUCCUCAUUAACACACACGUCAGCUGGGACACCGUGCACACACUCACGCAGCAUACACCAGAGCUUGAGGAGCUUUUCCUGUGCCUGAAUGGCUACAACACCGUGUCAGAAUCCCAGACGUCCUGUCCGUCACUACGCCUGCUGCAGAUUACAGACAACCAGCUGCAGAAUUGGGCAGAAGUGAGGAAGUUUGGGCUGAUGUACCCAAGUCUGAGCACACUAGUGUUGGCCAAUAACUCUGUGGAGUCUGUGGGUGACACUCAAGAAACACUGCGGUGCCUCUUCCCCAACCUGCGCACCAUCAACCUCAACAAUUCAGGGCUUAGUAAAUGGGAGGACAUUGAAAGGCUGAAUUUCUUUCCUAAGCUGGAGGAAGUCAAAGCAAAAGGGAUUCCUUUAUUGGAGCCUUACACCACCCACGAGAGACGUAGCCUCCUCUUAGCACAGCUACCAUCUGUAGUGGUGUUGAAUGGGGGUGCAGUGUCUGCUGGAGAGAGAGAGGAUGCUGAGAGAUAUUUCAUCAGGUACUACCAGGACUGUCCAGAACAGGAGCUUCCUCAGAGGUACCACAUCCUUGUAUCCAAGUACGGUCAGCUGGCCCCGCUGGCGGAGGUGGACCUGAGCCCCCGCUGCACCACGGUGGAUGUUCGCUGGGGCGAGAGGGUGGAGGCAGUCAGUCUUCAUCUGGAGCAGACGGUGGGCGACCUGAAGAAACACCUUAGAUCUCUGCUGCAGCUGCCCACCAAUGGGAUCAGGCUCUUCUACAUCAACCGGGAGAUGUGUUCGGUCUUCGGACCUGAGGAGUUGAAGUGUGGCUGCCGGGCCCUCCAUUCUUAUAGCAUUCGAGAUGGGGAUGAGAUUCUAGUAGUGCCCAAAGUCAAAAGCCGCUGCAGCUCAUCAGAUCUUUGAAUCAGGAGGCUCUCUGGUUUAGGAUGAAUGGGACAGGGAUUUUAGAUAAUAAACACUGACUAUAUACUAAGCUUUGACUUGAGCCUUUUUAGAUUAAAAAAGGGUCAUAUUUGUCAGCCUUGAAUGUAGGGAAUGUAGGGUUUGCUGUCCACCAUAUUGAACAAAUUUAUACAAUAAUAUAUUUGCACAUAUAUUUCCACAUUCACAAAGCUUGUUUCUUGGGUGCAAGUUACACAUUUAGUCGCUUAAGCUUAGACUGCACUUUACAUCUCAUUUAUGAAAAAUUGGCAUGCAAAUCCAAACGUGGUGCAAAUAGUCCUCUGAAAGAAAAAAACAGCUGCCAUAAUUACCAGUUGGACUCUAAAUUGCACGUUGUUUUUCUGCACCAUAAUCAGCAGCUCUUUGAUGUUUUCUCUCUAUUUUUCUGUUCUUUCUUCUAGUAGAAGAUUACUGAGAGGCCUGUUCCCUAUAAACUGAACAGGAUCCUCUGGCAGCAGUUAACAGUGGAACCUUUUUAUGCCUAAGGAGUAUACAGUUUGGGUGAAAAUCAUUCUAAACCAAUCUACUCCUUAAAAGCCAACACAAUGGCAAACAAUCAACCUUAAUCAUACAGCAAUUGACUUUGCAGAUUGCGCCAAGCUGACUUUAAUUUCUGCAUGUUGGCAUCGCCAAGGAUUUGUGAACUGGGUGCAGUCUACAUUUGCAUCUCAUUCAAAAAACUUAUGUGGGUAAAAAGAAUGAAUGGUUUACAUUUUAUUAAUAUUGCCAGGAUCAUGACUGACUCAAAGAGGCUUUGUUUUAUCUAACCUUUAUUCAAGCAGAGUAGAUUUGCUGAUGACAGUGUUAUUUUCCAGGAACAUGAGUGUGUGCAUAAGUAACACAAAUCUUUUCCUGCUUCUUCCUGUCACUCAGAUCACUCUCUUUCCACAUGACUCUUGAUAGCAGUGAAAUAUCCUGGGAUAACCCCCUGAGCUGAAAUCACAAAUGCAGUGUGUUGGGGAUAACGUAGAGCACAUGGCUGCUGCUCAGUCAAGACGCCCUGGCAGAAAGAUGAGACAAGUCUGAGGUGAGGUUGAGUCUGGGACGGAGAAAAGAUGCUCAAGUUACUGCAGGUCUGAAUGGAGCAGCUCUCUCUCCCUGCAGAGGCAGCUGAGAAAUGUUGAGGCCCAGUCUGUAUGGUAACCACACACCAGCCGCUGUGUCAUGGACACUUCCGCUGCAUUUAGGGUAAAAUAGUUUCACCCAACAGGCUCUCUCCCCUCACCCGUUCACCUCAAUCUCUCCUUUACAUCCGUCGUACAAACCUGACACUUCUCGUGUCUGCCGUUUCACAGGAUGUGCGGUCGUGAACUUUUCCAUCGGCUCACAUAGGUAUUUAUUGUUUUCAAUAUCAAAAACAAAUUAACCAUCUACUAUCAAUUGACAGCAUUUUGCAGUGGAGGAACUGAACUGCCCAUAACCUGGGGCAUCUUAUAACCUGACCUUUUAAGUACCGUGUGAAGCUCAGGUACUAGGUUUUCCUUGUAUUUCCAUAUGUAGCUGUAAGGUCGCACAGGCUCACGGAGGAUCCAACUCGCACACCUCACAUUUUCACAAUGCAUGGUGAGGAGCUGAGCGUGAAGCGAGACAAUUGUUUGAUCCUACUCCUAAGGAAGGCCAAUUCAAAGCCUUCAGUUAUAGACAAAACUGCCAUGGCCCCGCCUGGCUGUGUGGCGUACCCUUAUCUCUGACCACACUCCCUCUGAAAGGCCUCCUCUCCCCAAAUACGAAAUGGUAGUUACUACUGUUGUGUUUGUUGUAGUCGUUCUUGUUGUGAUGUGAUGUGAUACAUCGAAUUGACUAACAGUGAGUGGCAGCACUGCCGGCAGCUGCUGAAAGUACCUGGAACUUGCCUUUAGGAUCACCUCCUGGGCAGUGUUGAAGUUCAUUUCCAGGAGCGUAGUGGGUGGAGAAAAAAGCAGAACCUGAGAACCUGAAAAGGUCCUGCAGUGGAAAAGGGAUGUUAGAGUUUCCAAUUAACUGACCUGCAUGUCUUUGGACUAUAGGAGGAAACUGGAGCUGUCAGAGGAACCCCACACAGACAUGGGGAGAACUUGCACACUCCACUCCCAAACAACAGCACUAGCCAGUGGAUAAGAACCCAAGACGUCCUUUCUAAGUGCUGCAUUCAUAGAAAGCUAGCGACAAGAACUUGCCAAUAGUAACCUCUCAUGUAAAGCAUCACCAACUGGCUGGGUUGCUAAACAUCGGCUCUAUGUGUCCAGAUUGUUGUGACAGACUUAGGAGUUGGACUAUAACGCUCAGUGAACAUCUUUACAAGUUUCAUGUUUGGUGGCAAGUAAGCAUUUGGAAAACAUAAAGAAACUGGAAAUACUAUCUAACCCUUAGCCUUUUCACGAGGUUUGUACAGCUCUAUACAGAGAAGCCCUUGGGGUUCCUCAUGUAGUCCAAAGACAGACAGGCCUGGCUGAUCAGGGACACUAAAUUAAAUAUGUGUUGAUGUUUCCCUGCCUUUUGCUCAUGCAUGCCGGGAUAUGUUCCAGUCUGCCUGACACUGAGCAGCUAAAAGAUUUCACCAAAUGUGUUUUGUGUUUUGUUUUGAAAAUGCUACUAAUUUGGAACGUCUUGCACAAGCUAUUUCUUUUAAAUAUUGGAGUUCCGUGACGUCAAUGGAGUUUAUGUUUGGAGACGCGUUGGGUGAAGUGAGCUGGCAGGAUAAAAUGUUUCUCAUUAAAUCAUUUAUAACUAUUAUGAGUGAAAUUUAGCCUUGUGUUACUGAUAGAAUGUGUUGAGAUGCCAUCAUCCUGUGGCAGCCUUACAGUGGUGUCUGGAUCCCUCCUCUGACACAAACUUAAUUUGUGUAGUAGAUAACUGGACUCUUGGAGCUUUCUUUGUCACAUACGUUAUACUUAGCGUUAUGUGGAUCGUGGGAAGUUGGUGGUUUGCAUGUUCUUAUAUUUGUUGAUAUGUUUGAUUUAAAAAUGUGUAAGAGAUCAUUUGUGUCAUUUCAGGGAACCAAUGUUGUUUAUGGGCAUUUGUAAUUUUGACAUUUUUUGUGUAUCUGUGCUCUUGUCAACCUCACUUUUAUUCUUCAGUAAUACGAAAAACAAAGAUUAUUUACAGAUUUAUUCAUCUAAAAGAUCAUUGCUAAUCUGUUAUACAGUUUGCCUUGUGCUGUAAAGUAUAUGGUGUUUAAUUUAUACCAUGUUUUCUUUUCAUAGUUGUCUAUCUUUUCAAUAUACAUAUACAUAUUUUCAAUGGUACAAACUUGUUUUCUUUCUUGAAAUCAUAAUGCCAUUUAUUCACCUGUACUGCAUAAUACUCAUUUCACUUCUCUUAAAGAAAUAAAUUCUAAUUAUUUCA